GGCGCUUGGGGGCGUGACAGAGCCGAUAAAGGGCCCAAUGAAGCUGUGGGAGGCGGUGCCCUCUGGGCUAUGGGAACCUAUCAGGGUGUGGAGUCUUGCGGGGCUGCCGGGGUUUAGUCGCCACGUGAGUUCUCCAGCCGCGUCUGCUGCAGAUAUUGUGGACAGCAUGUCUGCGACAGCGGCGCCUCGCAAGCGGGGAAAGCCGGCCUCGGGGCUUGGGGCCAGUGCAGGGGCAGGCAAGCGACGGCGGAAGGCCGAUUCUGCUGGGGCCAGGGGCAAGGCCAAGGGUGGCGGCAAGAUGAAUGAGGAGAUCUCCAGCGAUUCUGAGAGCGACAGCCUGGCUCCGAGGAAGACCGAGGAGGAGGAGGAGGAGGAGCUGGAGGAGACCGCGCAGGAGAAGAAGCUGCGCCUGGCCAAGCUCUACCUUGAGCAGCUCAAGCAGCAAGAGGAGGAGAAGGCCGAGGCCCGCGCGUUUGAGGAGGACCAGGUGGCAGGACGCCUGAAGGAGGAUGUGCUCGAGCAGAGGGGCAGGCUGCAGAGGUCGGUGGCAAAGGAGAUCCAGGCCCCAGCCCUGGCUGACAUUCGGGUCUUGCGGGGCCACCAGCUCUCCAUCACCUGUUUGGUCAUCACCCCCGACGACUUGGCCAUCUUCUCCGCCGCUAAGGACUGUACCAUCAUUAAGUGGAGCGUGGAGAGUGGACGGAAGCUGCGUGUGAUCCCUCGAGUCAAGAAGGGUGUCGAGGGGCAGCCGCCCGGCCACAGUAGCCACAUCCUCUGCAUGGCCAUCUCCUCCGACGGCAAGUACCUCGCCUCGGGCGACCGCAGCAAGCUCAUCCUCAUCUGGGAGGCUGAGAGCUGCCGGCACCUGUACACCUUCACGGGACACCGGGACGCCGUGUCGGGGUUGGCAUUCCGCAGAGGCACCCACCAGCUCUACAGCACAUCCCACGACCGUUCUGUGAAGGUGUGGAACGUGGCGGAGAAUUCCUAUGUGGAGACGCUCUUCGGGCACCAGGACGCGGUGGCUGCGCUGGAUGCACUGAGCCGGGAAUGCUGCGUGACAGCUGGCGGCCGGGAUGGGACCGUGCGGGUGUGGAAGAUUCCUGAGGAAUCCCAGCUUGUUUUCUACGGCCACCAGGGCUCCAUUGACUGCGUCCAGCUCAUCAAUGAGGAGCAUAUGGUGUCGGGUGCAGAUGACGGCUCUGUGGCCUUGUGGGGCCUCUCCAAGAAGCGACCGCUUGCCCUGCAGCGUGAGGCCCACGGGCUGCGGGGAGAGCCGGGCCUGGAGCAGCCCUUCUGGGUGUCCUCUGUGGCCGCCCUGCUCAACACAGACCUCGUGGCCACAGGCUCCCACAGCUCCCGUGUACGGCUCUGGCAGUGCGGGGAGGGCUUCCGGCGGCUGGACCACCUCUGCGACAUCCCCCUGGUUGGCUUUAUCAACAGCCUUAAGUUCUCCAGUGCUGGGGACUUCCUGGUGGCUGGGGUGGGGCAGGAGCACAGACUCGGCCGAUGGUGGCGGAUCAAAGAGGCUCGGAACUCCGUCUGUAUCAUCCCCCUCCGCAGGGCCCCCACGCCCCUGGCUGCUGGCUCCUGACACUCCCCCUUUUUUAUUUAAUCCUUCUCAGGCUGUGCCCCAUCCUCUUUGUAUUAAAAGCCUCCACUUUUGGGCC